UAGAACUAGAUAAUCCACUUUACUCUUUCUCUCCCCUCUCUCUCUCUCUAGGGAUUCGCUGCGUCCCGCAAAACCCUCGCCUAACCACCAUGGUUUGAUUCUCCGGCGAGAUUCGCCGCCGUCCCGAUCCUUUCUCCUCCGCCUUUCCCGCCGAUCCGGUUUGCUUUGUUGAUCUAGUUAUCAGCAAUCUGGGGUUAAGUCGUUGUUGAAGCCUAUUGUUCUGUGGAAUUGAAGGUGUUGCGAUUAUCACUGGGUUCUCUGCCAUGGAAGAUACUCAAUCAGUUGCUACACUUGUAGACUCUACAACCUCCAAGAUACAGCAACUUCAGAAAGCAUUUGCUGAACUUGAAAGUCACCGAGCCAUAACCCUAAACCUGAAAUGGAAACAACUUGAGGAACAUUUUCAUGGGCUUGAAAAGUCCUUGAAGAGGCGUUUUACAGAAUUGGAAGACCAAGAAAAGGAGUUUGAAACCAAAACAAUGAAAGCUCGGGAGAUGCUGAAGAAGCGUGAAGCAGCUGUUAUGGCUAAGGAACAUGCUUCGUUGGAGAGGCUCCAAGAAAAGAGAGAUGCUGCAGUAUUUGCUAUUACUAAUGCUCUCCAGAAGCACAGGAAGGUUUCUUCUGUAGAACCUGCUGUUGAUUCCAGUGAGGAUCAAGGUGGGGCACCAUUUGUGGAAGAGAAACCACCUGACUCCAUGGCUGCCGAGAGUAACUUUGAAGACAUGAAAAAGUAUUCUGAAAAUCAAAAUGUGGUGGUGAAUAAUCCCCAACUAGUGAAAUUAUGUCAAGAGAUGGAUUCUGAAGGGCUCCACAAAUUCAUAUCGGACAACCGUAAGAACCUUGCUACCAUAAAGGAAGAAAUUCCUAUUGCAUUGAAGGCUGCAGCUGACCCUGCCUCUCUAGUUUUGGACUCACUCAAGGGUUUCUACAGCAUGGAGGUGUCAAAUAUGGAUGGGAAAAAGGACUCAAAUCUGUUGGGUUUACGCCGGACUUGUAUCAUGUUGAUGGAGUGCCUUAGUAUUUUGUUAACAAACCUGGAUCUGAGCUCUGUUUCUAAUUUAAUUUCAGAAAAGGUUAAAGAACGAGCAAAGGCUAUUGCUGAAGAGUGGAAACCAAAGUUAGACGAUCUUGAUGCGGAUGCCAACAACGGGAACUCCUUGGAGGCCCAUGCAUUUUUACAACUUCUAGCCACUUUUGGUAUUGAUUCUGAUUUUGAUCAUGAAGAUUUAUCCAAGCUAAUACCAAUGGUUUCUCGUCGACGCCAAACAGCUGAUCUGUGUCGCUCCCUUGGAUUGUCAGAGAAAAUGCCAGGUGUAAUCAAUGUGUUGGUGAGUAAUGGAAGGCAAAUUGAUGCUGUUAACCUAGCUUUUGCAUUUGGGCUUACAGAACAGUUUUCACCAGUAUCAUUACUGAAAUCCUACUUGACUGAGGCAAAGAAGGUUUCUUCACCCAGCAAAAGUGGAAACACCUCUCCUACUGUACAGAAUGAGGUCAAUGAAAGGGAGCUGACUGCACUUAAGGCUGUGAUCAAAUGCAUUGAAGACCACAAGCUUGAACAGCAGUAUCCGAUGGACCCACUCCAAAAACAGGUUCUCCAGCUAGAGAAGGCAAAGGCAGACAAGAAAAGGGCGACAGAAGUUGCAAAACCCCAACCCAAAAGACCUCGUGCCAAUGGUGUCGUAGGACAUGGACCUCGAUUUACUAAUGUUGCUGCUGACAAGAACUUCUAUCCUAGAGUGACUGACAGGUACCCGCAGUACAUAUAUGACAGACCCUAUGUUUACCCUGGACCAACUGACAACCAUGUUCCCUCGGUUAUGGGUUCUCCUGCUUACAUGUCUCCAGUUCAUGGCAACUUCUUUGGAAAUGGCUUCCAGUACCAGGCCCCGUAUCUUCACUAGUGGGUAGGAAUGUCUAAACUUUGAUUAUGAUCCCCGUUAACAGUUAGUGUUAACCCCUUCAGUUUGUUAAUGUUGCAAUGUAUGAUCGAAUUUAGUAUCGUGAAAAAAGACAAAAAAAUAACCUUGUUGAUUUUUAAUUUUCUGUACUAGCUGAUACUGUGGUCCUUCUAAUAUAUGCACUGUUUUUAAUAUUUAUGCA